AUGUUUGUAAGUGGUCCUGAAGGAACCGGUAAAAGUUUUGUCAUUAAAAAUUUAGUUUCGUGGAAUAAAAUUUAUCGUGAUAAAGAUACAGCUGUUACAGCACCAACUGGAAUUGCUGCAUAUAACGUCCAAGGACUUACAAUUCACAGAUUUCUACAACUUCCAGUAGAACACGGUGGCACAGCUGAGUACAAAGAAUUAUCUGGAGCAGCUUUAAAACAAAUAAGACAAACAUUGCAGAACGUUGACUUACUUAUUAUAGAUGAAAUAUCAGUGGUAUCGAAUAUUACUUUCAUGUAUAUUCAUUUGCGUUUAACUGAGAUAUUUGAUACAUCUGAUAAUGAGGACGGAUGGUUUGGUAGCAUAAACGUACUUGUUUUUGGCGACCUGCUGCAGCUUCCUCCAGUUCGCGAAGAUUUUGUAUUUGUCGGAAUGAACAAAAAACAAAUUGAUAAAUACAUAAAAUCGAUGAUUACUUUUAAUUUAUGGGAGUUAUUUGAAUAUGAUGAAUUAACAAUCAAUAUGAGACAAAAAAAUGAUAAAGAUUACUCAGAAAUUCUUUCACAACUAUGUAAAUAUUUAGGCAAAUUACCAAACGAUACUGUAUGCUUGUUACCUACAAGGAAAACGUGCAAUGCUAUUAAUGAAGCAAUGCUGCUUACUAUUGAUACAGAAGAAAUAAAUCUUGUUGCCAAAGAUUCAUACAAAUUAAAAAUUGGUUCCAAAGUUAUGAUAAGAAGGAACAUUGAUGUUUCUAUUGGAUUAGUUAAUGGCACGAUCGGCUAG